CAGAUGACGGGCCACGCCACGCCAUUAACUGUGGAUAGAACGUACGUAGCAGCGUAGAGGUUUGCAUCGGUGAUAAACGAUAUUUUCUGUCAAAACUCACGGUGCUGGGAUCGGCAACAGUGCGGAUCAUAAUCAGGCAUAAUCAGAAAGAUCUUCAUCAAGUGGAAGCACGUGCAGUUAUUAGCAGACUCCGUAUAAUCGAAAAAGAAGACGACGCUCGCUCACAAGAAUGCUCUGUAAUACGAAUUCUGUGGCAACAAUUUCAUCCGUGAACAUGCUUUUAAUUUGCAUUUAAAGAUGCACGAGCCCUAUUCAAAAGCUCAAGUGCAGCCGCAACAGGACGAGCAAUUGGUCUGCGAGAAUUGUGACUGUAGCUUUAUGACGAUGUCGGAGCUGCGUGAGCAUCAGAAGGAACACAUUGCCGAGGACUGUUUUAGCUGCGACAACUGCGACUACGUGACCUCCCACAAAAAGGACUUAAUCAUCCAUCAGAAGAGUCACAAUGUGUCUUCAAUUAUAUGUAUCAAUUAUAAGUAUCAGUGCGAGGAAUGCGGCGAACAAUUUCAGAGCAAGAGCAACUGCCAGGUACAUCUGUUGUUACAUACGAAUAAAAAAUUGACUCAGUGCGGCGUGUGUAAUGUCACAUUUCGCCAUCCCGAAGGUCUACGAUUACACUCGAAGCUACAUCAACCGGACUAUGUACAGCCAGAAACGGAACACCUCUGUAAGUUGUGCAACAAGCGUUUCUCUCAGAGACAAGUGUUACUGGUGCACAUGAAGAUCCACGACGUGGAAAACAAGUACGUGUGCACGAUAUGCGGCAAGUCCGUAUCUAGCAAGUUUUUUCUCAAUGUGCACCAUCGCACGCACACCGGCGAGAAGCCUUAUGUUUGCGACAUUUGUGAGAAAAGCUUUGUCUCGCGGAAGUACUUAAACCUACAUUAUAAAACACAUAGGGGCGACAAAUCGCAUCAAUGCAAUUUUUGUAAAAAAAGAUUUACUCAACGGUACUCAUUGAUAGUACAUCUACGAAGGCACACAGAUUAUCGACCUUUUCCUUGCACAAACUGUCACAAAUCGUUUUUUACAAAAAUAUUGCUGAACUCGCAUUUGAAAACGCACGCGAAACGAAACGCUCGACAGCAACAGAAACGGCAACAGCAGCAAGAAAGUUCGCAACAAAGAAAGGAAUCAUUGCCGUCCGAAACGGUCACUAUAAUGUUGUAAUUAGGACAGUUAUUGCUUAGAUUCUAUAUUUUUGUUAUGAAAUCAAGCUUGUUUAUUUCUCUUAUGUUUCAUCAGCGAAGGUGAUAUUAGCAGAAGAUGCAAAGAAUAGAUAUAAAUAACAGCCAGGUAUUUUGCAAUCUACACAAAUCUAUAAAUGUUUUAAUUCUAUAAAAUAACUGGUGAAAGUACCUAUAUUGUAAAAUACUAUUCCGUAUACAAUACUCAUAUACAAACUAUUCCGUAGUUUCAUGAAAAAUGAAAAAACAUAUAUAUUUAUGUGAAAUAUAAUAUAUUUAUAAGUGUAUGUUUUCUCUAAAUGUACUCUAAAAACGUAUUCUCUAAAGAUAUUUAAAUUAAUUGUCACCUAAUCUUGUCUCAUUUUAGUCUACCCUCCAUAGCAAUUUUUAAUAAAAGAAAUUGUAUUCACGAA